CUCCUCCCAUGAGCUCAUGCGUCUUCAGUUCAGACUCGCACAUUGCCAGAACACACACGUCACGUGAAAAAGUGCACGGCAGCGGCAGUUCUUACGGAAUGGCGGAAUCUGGUGCGAAUGAAUUUCUGUUGGGUGCGACUGCGAACGGCUGUAUUAAAGGCGUUCAAAGGGCAUUGGAAGCUGGUGCAGACAUUGACUUUGAUCCGCUGGAGAACUGGAGCCCAGGCAGUAGGGCAGUCAAGGAUUUUUUCGGCACAUCCUUACCACCAUGCACGGCAUUGUACUUUGCCUGUGGAACUGGGCGUGUGGACCUAGUUAAGCUGCUGCUCCGCAAGGGGGCGUCUUUGGUGAGGAGAACCAUGGGUGAAUUCGCUCCCCUUCAUGCAGCAGCGCAGAAUGGGAGGACAGAGAUAGUGGACUUGCUGGUGCAGAAUGGCGCAACAUUAGACAUACGGGACGGCUUCCAGGACACUCCACUGAUGGCUGCCUGUAGCUACAACAAUGUCGACACAGUUCGGCGACUGAUUGAACUUGGAGCAAGGCCUGAUUUCACCGACGGUCAUUUAGGUCGGAAGUUGCAGAUUGGGCAAGCCGAAGACUGUGACUCUGCGGAAGAGAGUCUUAAGCUGAUACGAGAGGCAAAGAAGACCAAUCUGUUAAGAUGCUGCAAUCCUAAGUGUGGCAAACCAGGCUACAGGUCAACCGGAACCCUGAAGCUGUGUGGCCGGUGCAAGCUGACCCGCUACUGCAGCCGUGACUGUCAGAAACAACACUGGUCUGUCGGACACAAGAAGUGCUGUGGGCAUGACGCGUACACUGGCACGGGACUAGACACCUUCCAAAAAAGGCAAAAAACGUCUAUGUACAUAGCAGAACAGCAAUCAGGACUCAUCAUAUUCAAACCAGGACAGAUUUCCUAUAGGAAAGCACACUAUACCGCUACAAAGUAGUACGCACGUUCAGUAGCAAGCUACAUGUUAUCAAACCUUAUAAUGAUAUGAAGGUGUCUUUGAAGAUAAAGAUCAUACAGCUUUAGAUGACCUUGUUUAAGUUAUCUUGUACAAAACGUAAACACGUUGAAUGUAUACUACACAUACUGACCUACACAUGCACACCACAUGAAGUAUUAAGAAGAUAUAACAGAUACUUAACAGGCUUAUUGUAGUGGUAGUAUCAUCUACGUACUUUCUCACCAAUGUAGAAAAAAUGACGCUCGUCAGGUGUAGUACAGGAUUAGAUUUUACAGGAUUAGAUUUUACAGGAUUUGAUUUUACAGGAUUUGAUUUUUGAUAAAGGUUUCCCAAGGAAAGGACAGCAGGGCACUUAUUUGUGUUUGCCUGCAAGUUACUAUUAUUGGUCAGCCUAGUGUUUCAAAACAUUUAUAUUGUAUUCAAUUAACCUCUGAUAUAUUUCAAGGUGUCUACCUGAUGUGUAAAACGCACUUUGAUACUCUUGUAGUCUUGCUAGUCCUUCAGUUGUACAAUCGCUGGUUACGCUGAACAGUCAAGUGGUCAGACCUAUAAAUAAAUCAUCACCGAUGCUA